UGAAAUCGGUCUUCGGCAACUGCUCUUAUACAGACAUGCCGUUUAUAUUAUAGAAAGAUUAACACAGACUCGUAUCCAUCGCGACCACCACCCCGCCCCGCUGUGGAUCAAGGGUUUUAUUUCGGUUUGAUUAAUUAUAAUCCUAAUCGAAUAUCUCAAAUAAUCACUCAAUAAACCUCUCAAUAAAUAGAAAAACCUGUAAAUCUCCGGUAAGUAACGUUACGUAAUCUCUUAUUUACAUUUUUCAAUUUCUUUCACGAAUUUUGUUCUGGCGUGGGAAAAUGCAAGAGCUCAGGGUUUUACUCAGCCUUCUUGAACCGAUAAAAUUCUGGUGAAAAAUGCAUUUUUUUCUUGAAUCUUUGGAGAAUUACUUACAUUUUCUGGAAGUUUAGUUUGAGCGAAGUUACAUUUAUGAUUAUGAAGUGGUGCUAUAUGAGUGAUGGAGAUGGGAAGUAUGGCGUUCAGUUCUACAAACGCCAGGAUAAAAAGAAGAAUGAAACACCCGGAAAUGAUGAUUUCGCCCAGGCCAUUGCUAGAAUUGCCGUGACACAGGUAUGCCACAGCCUAGGGUAUCAGGGCUUUCAGCAGUCUGCUCUCGACACCCUUUCUGAUGUAGGGGUGAGGUACAUUAGAGAGAUUGUAAAAAUUGCCACGGCUUGUGCAAAUUUAGAUAAUAGGAACGAAUGUAAUGUGUUUGAUGUGAUUCAGGGGUUGGAGGAUUUGGGUUCUGUUCAGGGGUUUUCUGGUGCUUCCGACGUUAAUCAUUGUCUUACUCGUUCUAGAGUAAUUAGGGACAUUAUUCAGUACGCUGAAGAAGCUGAGGAAUUCCCAUCUGCAUAUCCAAUUCCGACUUUUCCAGUUGUCAAAGAGAGAAAAUUGUAUGCAAGUUUUGUUGGAAAUUUAUGCCAUCGGAGAAAAUGGAGAUCGUUAUCAUUUUCGUGUUCAAGCCUCUUAGUAUAUCUAUAUUCUUUUAUUACCAAUUUUCCUCUCUUCAUUGCUUUAAAUCUCCAACAAGUUUUGUGCAAAUGGGUGACCCCCCCCGAUGAACAUAUACCUGGUUGGUUGCCAAAGUUUCCAGAUCCUGAGACUCGUGUGUAUUUGAAUUCAAGGGUCAAGAAAGAAGCUGAGCUUGCAGUGGAAGGUAGAAUAGAAGAGCGGCACAUGCAGGUGGAAAGGUCUCCAUUGAAUUUGCAGCAGAAGUUGAUUUUUAAUGGUUUGGAAGCAGGGUUAGCUGAUGAACCUGCAAAGGCAAAAUGCGCAGUUGAAAGUAACCCUUUUCUUGCCCCACCUCUUCAGUUUGAGGAUAAGGAGGUGUCUUAACCUGUUCUUCCGGCUAAACUAUCAGAUGAGACUACAAGGAAAUGCCAGAAUCAUGCAGCUUUGGAGAGUCAUGUUUCUGUUUUAGAACCAUGUGCCCAUGCCAUUGAAGAUAUUGGGACCCAGUCGUGUAAAUCUAUGAAGGACAGGAGAAAGAUUCCAUUGAAUGAGAGGACCACAAUAAAAUUUAAGUUCAGAAAUAGCAGGACGUGCUCGAGUACAGCAAUUAGCCCUUGGAAUGAGGGAGUUGAGAAAAUAGCUCUUUGGUUUGGUGUUAACCAUGAUGAAAAACAUGACAAGAAAAAGAGAUCUGGGCAAAUUCUUAGGGAAACUAUGGAUAA